AGGACGGAGCGACCCGGCGUGUGCCCGUCCGCGCUCCUUCCGCCGGUAUCGGGGUGCCUUUCCCCCCUCCCCGCGCCGCGCAGCCCGCGCUCCGGAGGGGACCGCCGCGCCGGGAGGAGCUGUUACUUUCCGCAGCCGGCAUGAGGCUUCCCGGGGGAAUAAGGAGACGCCGCGCUAAGCAACCGGGGAAGAACCUGCCUCUCAUCUGUUGCAGCGGAACCCGGCGGCAGGCGCGGUCCCCCCGGCCGGAGGUGAUGGGCACCCGCUGACUCGUGGCGUGCGUCCGAGAGUGCCCGCAUGUCUGGCAAAUAUGGAGAAAAUAAAGUAAAAAAUGUGGAUAGUGCCUGAGACGGACGGCAGCCAGUGAAACAAAACAAACACGUUCUGAAGGGAUUUAAUUUGCAAACGGGAUUGAAAAAGGUACAACUUCCAUGGGAAAAUGUGACCUGUUGGAACUGCUGUCGGAAGAUGCCGGCUGUCAACGCAAGCACCUAAACCAAAGACAAAGUAUUAGAAUGGCAUAAAAUAUGGCCCAGUUCUACUACAAAAGAAGCGUCAAUGCUCCCUACAGAGAUCGAAUCCCUCUUCGCAUCGUGCGGGCAGAAUCCGAACUGUCUCAUUCAGAGAAGGCCUACCUGAAUGCCGUGGAGAAAGGAGAUUAUGCCAGCGUAAAGAAAGCCUUGGAGGAGGCAGAAAUUUAUUUCAAGAUCAAUAUUAACUGCAUUGAUCCCCUGGGAAGAACUGCACUCCUAAUUGCAAUUGAAAAUGAGAACCUUGAGCUCAUUGAGCUGCUCUUAAGUUUUAACGUGUAUGUGGGAGAUGCUCUGUUGCAUGCCAUACGGAAGGAGGUUGUUGGAGCCGUGGAGCUGCUGUUGAAUCACAAGAAACCCAGUGGAGAGAAGCAGGUGCCACCAGUGCUUCUGGACAAGCAGUUUUCAGAAUUUACGCCGGAUAUCACACCUAUUAUUCUGGCUGCCCACACCAACAAUUACGAAAUCAUAAAGCUCCUGGUGCAGAAGGGGGUGUCUGUGCCCAGGCCACAUGAGGUGCGCUGUAACUGUGUGGAAUGUGUCUCAAGCUCAGAUGUGGACAGCCUCCGCCACUCUCGCUCCAGACUCAAUAUCUACAAGGCUCUGGCGAGCCCAUCAUUGAUUGCUCUGUCCAGUGAGGAUCCUUUCCUUACCGCUUUUCAGCUGAGCUGGGAGCUGCAGGAACUGAGUAAAGUCGAAAAUGAGUUUAAGUCAGAGUAUGAGGAACUGUCACGGCAGUGCAAGCAAUUUGCAAAAGAUCUCCUGGAUCAGACACGGAGUUCCAGGGAAUUGGAAAUUAUUCUUAAUUACAGAGAUGAUAAUAGCUUGAUAGAAGAACAAAGUGGUAAUGAUCUUGCAAGAUUGAAACUGGCAAUUAAGUACCGUCAAAAAGAGUUUGUUGCUCAGCCCAACUGCCAGCAGCUGCUCGCAUCCCGCUGGUACGACGAGUUCCCCGGAUGGCGGAGGCGACACUGGGCAGUGAAGAUGUUGACCUGUGUUGUGAUAGGACUCCUUUUCCCAGUCUUCUCUGUGUGCUACCUGAUAGCUCCCAAAAGCCCAUUGGGGCUGUUCAUCAGAAAGCCAUUUAUCAAAUUUAUCUGCCACACAGCAUCGUACUUGACUUUUCUGUUCCUGCUGCUGCUUGCCUCUCAGCACAUCGACAGGUCAGACCUCAGCAUGCAGGGACCCCCUCCAACCAUCGUCGAGUGGAUGAUUUUACCGUGGGUCCUGGGUUUUAUCUGGGGUGAAAUUAAACAGAUGUGGGAUGGUGGACUACAGGACUACAUUCACGAUUGGUGGAAUCUCAUGGAUUUUGUAAUGAACUCCUUGUACUUGGCAACAAUCUCCUUGAAAAUCGUUGCAUUUUCAAAGUACAGUGGGUUAGUUCCACGGGAGAGCUGGGACAUGUGGCAUCCAACCCUGGUGGCUGAGGCCCUGUUUGCAAUUGCAAACAUCUUCAGCUCCCUGCGCUUGAUCUCAUUAUUCACUGCAAAUUCUCACCUGGGACCUCUGCAGAUAUCUCUAGGAAGAAUGUUGCUGGACAUUUUGAAAUUUCUCUUCAUAUACUGCCUUGUGCUGCUCGCUUUUGCAAAUGGAUUGAACCAGCUGUACUUCUACUAUGAGACAAAUGAACCUGGCAACUGCAAAGGAAUACGAUGUGAAAAGCAGAAUAAUGCAUUUUCAACGUUAUUUGAAACGCUGCAGUCAUUAUUCUGGUCUAUAUUUGGACUCAUCAAUCUCUAUGUGACCAACGUGAAAGCAAGGCAUGAAUUCACUGAAUUUGUUGGGGCCACCAUGUUUGGUACCUAUAAUGUAAUAUCUCUGGUUGUUCUACUCAACAUGCUAAUAGCCAUGAUGAAUAACUCUUACCAACUCAUUGCUGAUCAUGCAGACAUUGAGUGGAAGUUUGCUCGAACAAAACUCUGGAUGAGUUACUUUGAAGAAGGAGGAACUCUGCCCACUCCUUUUAAUGUCAUACCAAGCCCAAAGUCUUUGUGGUAUCUGAUCAAAUGGUUAUGGAGACACCUUUGCAAGAAAAAAAUUAGAAGAAAGCCUGAAAGUUUUGGAACAAUAGGGAGACGUGCAGCAGACAAUUUGCGGAGACAUCAUCAAUACCAGGAAGUUAUGAGAAAUCUGGUUAAAAGGUAUGUUGCAGCAAUGAUAAGAGAUGCCAAAACUGAGGAAGGAUUGACAGAGGAAAAUUUUAAGGAGUUAAAACAAGAUAUUUCCAGCUUUCGCUUUGAAGUCCUGGGUUUAUUAAAAGGAAGCAAGCUGUCUAAUUUGCAGCCUGGGAAGAUGAGCAAAGACACUGCCUCUCUGUCAGAAAAUGAAGAAAAUAGUGAGAGUGAAGGAAACAAGAAAGGGAAGAAGAAACCCUUCAGCCUUUUUGACAUAACAACGAUGAUUCACCCACGGUCAGCCAAUAUUGCCUCUGAAGGACAUAGUGUAAGCAAUGGCUCAGCAAUGAUGGUGUCAGAGUCCACUCAGGAGAAACAAAAGCGUGUGAAUUUUGUAACAGACAUAAAAAAUUUUGGGUUGUUUCACAGACGAUCAAAAACAAACUCUGUGGAGCAGAGUAAAAAUAAAAUAUACACCGUUUCUGAAGAAGUUUCCCGCCAACAGGCAGAAGAACAAUGUGAGAAAACUGAUGAACUGGAAGAGGGAGAAUUGAUCAUGAACUGUGAAUUAAACUUCCGAAAUCCUGGCAAAAAAUGUGUGUUAGCUGAGUCACAAAAUACCAGUGAGUCUUUGGAUUCACACGAAGAGGGGAGUAUUUGUCCUUCAGAAACGGAGAAAAUGGAGUUACAGAGCUCAGAACCUGCCACUCCACAGGAUCAGCUGGGCAAGGCUUUGGACAUUAGCAUUGACUCUGAUGGGAAACAGGAAACAAUUGUUCAGGGGGACUAUGUGAUAACAAGGUUGUGAUGCUUACAGGAGGAAGCAUUUACAAAUAUAUAUAUUUUGCAUAGUGCUUUUGGGGGGGAAUGUUUUAAGAACUAUAUUAGCUAAUGCAGAAUUACACUUUAUAGUACUCAACUGUGGCACAUGAUCUUGUAACAUAGUAGUCAAGAGAAAGAAAAUAUGAGGACCUUCUGUUUUGUAGCCUGCUUUAGCUUUCACGAUUUGUUUUACAUUUUUUAAUAAAUGGAAGCAUCUUGUAUUCUUGUACUGUUGCAAUAACCCACAGAAACUUUUUAGCUAUCUUUUUCAAUUACAACAAAUGGAAUUUCUCUCAUAUGAUAGUUGACUCCUAUGAUAAAUAUUUUUCUAUGCAAAUAAAAAGUAGCUUAAGAGA